CCCGUCAUCAGUUCUGCCUGCAGAUGUUCCUACACUCACCAAUAAAUAACCAAGCAUUGGUCAGCUUGUAUAGCUUCAACCUGAUCAGUGAGCCAGACCGCCGGUGAAAAUGUCUGUGAAGAUCCUCUUCAUCACUCUCCUCCUGCUCUUUGUGUGUGUGAGCUCUGCAGCUCGUCAUCCUUCAAGAAGCCGAAUGUGCUGCAUUAAGGUUACCACUUUAAAUAUGAGCCCUGAGGUGGUGGGGGAAACGUAUCGUGAACAGGCUGCAGGAUCACCCUGUGUCAAGGCUAUAAUUUUCAACACAGAAUAUGGACAGCUUUGUGCUGAUCCAAAUGCUCAGUGGGUCAAGGAUCUCACUGCCAACAUGAUGAAGGUGUGAAGCACAGAGUCUGUGACGAAUCAUCAUCAGUGUUUCCUUUGACAUGAACUUUAAAGACUUAUUUAAAACCAGAACGCUUUAUUUUUUUUUACUCUUACCUGUGAAUUAACCCUGUAAUUUAUUUUAGAUGUCAACCUCAGUCUUUGAUGACAG